AUGACCAAGUGUCCAUGAUAAGCCCCGGAUAAGCCCCCCGAUGGCCGACGUCGCCUCCUCUUACGUCGUCCUCCUCAGGACCUCCUGGAGAGCGGCAAAUUAAAAAUGAGCAGCUUUUUCUCCAACGCCAACCUCAGCAUCUACGCACGGCCGGACCGAGUGGCGGCGGUGAUCAGCUCGGAUAAGCAUAAGCCCCCAAUGUCGCCACUCCUGUUGUUGCUCCUCCCACUCCUCCUCGCCACGGCCAAUGGCAAGACCACCGCAGUGGCGUUCGUGACAGCGGCAGCAGCAGCCGUCAGGGACGACGACGGGGGCGGUGGCGGGCCUUCUGCUCCGUCGUCGUCUCCGGUGCCGCCGGCGACGCCGCCGUGGCCGGAGCAGUUCCACGCGGUGGUGAUCACGAACCUGAGCGCGCAUGGCGGCGGCGGCGGGCUGCAGCUGAUCGACCUCUACUACGACUGGCCGCGCGGGCGCGAUCUGAACAUCGUCCGCGACCAGCUCUCCGGCGAGCCGCAGUGGAACGUGGAGUGGACCAACGGCACCGCGUUCCUGUUCGACGCCGCGUCCUGCGCCACCUUCCAGUUCGCCGUCGGCCUCCUCCCGCCCGACUGGAAAUCCCGCGCCGGCGCCGCCUACCUGGGCCGCGACCGCGUCGACGGCUUCGACUGCCACGUCUGGUCCAACUUCGUCUUCGCCCGCUACUACGAGGACGUCGCCACCGGCCGCCCCGUCAGCUGGACCUUCAAUGGGAUGCAGCGGCAUGUGCUGAGCUUCGAGGCGGGGGCAGUGCUGCAGGACUCCUCCAAGUGGCAGGCGCCGGCAUACUGCUUCAUCGACAGCAAUGGCGGCAGUAGCGCCAACGCCGCUGCUUGGUCUUCCUGAGAUCACGUCGCCGGGGGCGUCCGGAGUCCGGCCGGGCUCCACCUGCAGCUGGACGCUGCAUAGUGCAUAUCAUUUGACGCUGAGCUCUGUUGAAGAGUUGAAGUCCAUCUUGAUGGUAGACUGAGGAGAGAUUUUCUGCAGUGACAUGUCACAUGUGUCUCAAGGGGGGGUGACGUGUGCACUAUUAGUCUUUUCAGCAGCUCAUUCAAAAAGAAUUAAACAAGCAAACCCUUAUAGAACGGCCUCAAAUCACAAGGAACAAACAAACAUAAAACUCUCCUCGUUUCGAUCU